AGUUCUCUAUCCAGAUGCGCCAUAGCCAAUGGCGUUUAGCUUGCGAUGGCCAGUGUUUUGUGUGUGGCUACACACGGAUCCUCCCACUCCUGGCCGCAAUUCCUCUCUAGGGCUAGGGUUCGUGUGUCUCAACAGCGAUUGCGCAAGGCCAUUUGCUGGAAAUCGUCAUCGCCGGUGUGGCCGUGCGGCAUCUAGGGUCGCGGAUGGGAGAUUGGAAGAUAAGGCGCUGGAUUCUAGCAAGGAUGAUGACGAUGCCAUGGCCGCGCAGCUCAAUGCGUUCUCCUAUUCCGGUAGCUGCAAGGAUGGGUCUCUAGUCUCGGUGGAAGUGCUCAAGCCCAAGCACUCGAAAGGUACAGUGGAAGUUCUCACGGAUUCCUUCUGCGAUCUUCUCUGGGGUCCUCUCACUUACAGGCCGCUCCUCCGGAUGAUCGUGCAAGAGAAUUUGAUCGAGACCCAGAAGCUCUUCCCCAAGAAUGUGAUUCUCGUGGCCUUGUACGAGCAAAGCUCCGCCAAGGUUGUGGUUGGUACGGUAGAGGUUUAUUUGAGCAGUGCUGGUGUCUCGAGUCCCAAUCCUCCUCCCGACGCUCCAUUUCUUUGCAACAUGGCUGUCAAGCAGAACUAUAGAAGUGUGUACAGGAAAGGCAUAGCUGGGCAACUUCUCAAGGCUGCGGAGGAGCUGGCUGUGACAAUGGGUUCCAACGAAAUGUACCUUCACUGCCGCUUGAUCGACAAAGUUCCCCUGGGAAUUUACCAGCGAGCUGGAUACGAGGUGGUCUCUACAAGCAGCGUCUUCUCCUUGCUCGUGCUACAACGCAGGAAGCACCUCAUGCGUAAACGCCUGUGAUAGCAACGAGAUCUUCACAGAAGCUGGCUCCUUUUCAGCACGAAUCAGUUGAAUCUUUCGGAAGAAGUGGCUCUGUGAUCUCGGCAUCGUCCUGCGUCAACCGACACGAUUAGAUACAGCAGAUGGUUAACAGAAAACAGAGACUACGUACUGAAGCCGGAAGAAUCGCCUCUUGAAGAAGUUGGCAACGUUUGUUAACGAUCAAGCAAGCACAGCCAUCUCCCAGAUGUUCACGGAAGUUCGAAUGGAUCCCAGGAGCCAGUCUACGGCGAGGAGUACUGAGACAUCACCAACAUAUCUUGAGAAACCGACCGCCUGGAAACAUAAAAGAAUAAUGUAAAGACACAAUUUUUUUCCUUC